AUGGACACCACCAACUCACCUCAAAUCAUCCUGCAUACGCAUGAGGGGUUGAGUUUUACACCAUUCGAGGCAAAAUGGGUACCGCAUUCAGCACGCUUCGUCGUCCUAGGGCAGAAUCCAAGAGCGACAGGCGCACUUGCGGUGUAUGAACUUGAGAGGGGGAAGGUACGAUAAUUAUUAACUUCUGAUUCUAUUUCCGAUUAGACGCAAUGAAUUCAAUGAAAAUGAUGCCGAUGCCUUAAUUAUUUAUCCUUGUUGUAAAAUGCUGAUGCUUGGGCCGUUACAUAAUUGUUCUGCCUACAUCCGCCACACCAACCCUAGGUAAACAAGCUCCACCAAGACGAGAAGCCAAAGGGUUUCAAAUGUGGUACGUUUGGCGCUUCUGCGAUAGAGCAGAGGCAUUUAGCGACCGGAGACUACGAAGGAAACCUAGCAAUAUGGGAUCUAGAGGAUAUCAGAAAGCCGAUAUUUCAAGUUCGAGGACAUGACAAAAUCAUUAACUGCAUAGAAGGGUACUGCCUGAUGUAUACUUAAUUGCUUGGAUGAAUUAUGCAUACGUAGUUCAAACUGCAGAGUGCUAAAUCCCGUUGUACUUCAUAGCUGCAUCGACAACUACAACUGAUCUUCAGUAUUCACUGUUCACUGGAACAGCAAAUCAAUACAGGUGCGGCGGUCUCGGUAUUGGCGGCGGCGCGCCAGAGCUCGUAACGGGAUCACGAGAUGGCACCGUUCGUGUGUGGGACCCCAGACAGCAGGAUCCGGUAAGCUGUUGUCCCAGUGAUCCGUUGAACGGAAGCUGGGUGAAUGAUUCUUCUUCGAAGUAGUUCAAGUACUAGUAGUAUUCUCAGUCACCAUCUCUAUCACUAGACGACGAUGAACUCUUCUUGAAGAAUACAACUAACUAAUACAACUAAUAACUUGCAGCUUGAUCUUGCUUGAACAACUAAUAACUUGCUUGACCUUCAAGAAGUCAAUCAACACUACAGGUUCUUUCCCUCGAGCCAGUCGACGGCGAGAUACCAGCCGAUUGCUGGACAGUUGCUUUUGGAAAUAGCUACAACGAUAGUGAGCGAGUAAUAUGUGCGGGAUAUGACAAUGGCGAUAUCAAAAUGUUCGACUUGAGGACGAAUAUGCUUAGGUACCUAGUCCUAGUAGUACUUACAGAAAGACUUAGAGUACUAGGAAAUCAUGACGAGACUCAGAAUUAUAUGAAUAAAAGUUCUGAUUUUGAAGACUUUACUUCCUUCUUGUCAUCCUACUUUCCCUUCAACCACAUUUCUUCUUCCACCCUUUUUCCCCAUUGAAACCACAGAUGGGACACCAACGUGAAGAACGGUGUCUGCCACAUCCAGUUCGACCGAAAGGACAUCCUCAUGAACAAAUUGGCGGUGUCGACUUUGGAGUCGAACAUGAUUCUCUACGACCUGAGAACUUACCACCCAGAAGAAGGUUUUGCAGGACGCACACAAAAAGUCACGAAAUCAACAGUCUGGGGAUGCCAUUUUUUGCCUCAAAAUCGAGAACUCUUCGCAACAGUAGGCGGAAAUGGAAGCAUAACACUGCACAAAUACGUGUAUCCAGCGGAGAGGAAAGUAUUGGUGGAUUUGAUACUUUUUUUCAUCCUUAUCCUAGUAAUUGACAUGGGUAUGAUGCUUCAUCUUGGUAGUAGCAUCAACUCGACGUUUCCAUUUAUUUACUUUUACCAUUUAUUCUUUCUCCACGCAAAACACCAAUUAUUCUUUCUCCAUGCAUCGUCCCCAAACAAAGCUACAACCACGAUAAUAUCAUACAUAGGUCGAAGUCAAAGACGGCUUAGAACGCGGUGUAGCGGGUACAGUGGACACAUUGAACCAGAAAGAGCUUUGCACACAACCCAUCGUCUCGUUCGAUUGGCAUCAGAACAAGGAAGGCUUGUGCGUCUUUGCUUCCCUGGAUCAAGCCGUAAGGGUCGCAAUGUGCACGAAGUUGAAUCUCUACUGAUUUCGAGGUGACGCCGGCGUAAUGCAGCUGCUACAGAAGCUACUUUCGUCUUCGUGCGUUGCUUUGAUCAUGUAAGGCAUCCUUUCUUCUGACCAACAACAUUUCUAAGAUGUUCUUUGUUGAUAUUCCCUGCACUCGUCGUGCGCUCGUACCGCAUAAACAUUCGCAUCCUUGACGUCGUCAGCACGCUGUUAUCCACGAUUGUUACAAGGAAGAUCGGAUGAUUUAUCAUCAUCUCCGACUCUGCCUCGAAGCUCUG